ACAGCUAAACACUACGUACAUGCGGCAAGAGAGAUCAAGGAGAUAUCACCCCCGGGAUAUCACCUCUCUUUGGACAGAAAGAGGAGUCUUUGGCAAGUGGAGUAGAUAUCAACAAGAAUGGUGGAGCUACACCCUGCGGUUGAGCUACCGCUCUCGACGGAUGAACUGGAAGAGUUAGCGGAGGACAUGAAGGAUCGGGCAUAUGCGAUGGGGGUACUAAUCCGCCCCUCCAAACACCGGACGAUACAUGGACCCAUUACGCUGCUCCCAUCCACCUUCCCGAGACUUCUCUACAAUAAGGCAAUGCAACUACAGACUGAUAUUAAUCUCCUUAUGCUGGGGAUCAGCAAAGACGAUGAAUUCCUAUAUGCAGCACUUAAAAGUGUUGUUCCUGUUGACGAGUUCACAAGACGGCUUUAUGAGAUGCAUUUACAAGUUAAAAAGGAAGGCUGCUUCAAGCCAGUAACUUUAUGCAUCAACCGGACCGAUUAUAUGCUAGACUGUUGUAAGGAGGACGAUGAAGAGUCUUUCCUGGACCUAUCCAUGGUUGAGAUUAACACUAUAGCAGCAGGGUGUCCAGCUCUUAGUACAAGAUUAGUAGAUGUACAUAGGUUUAGUUUAGAGCAGCUUGGUAUGAGUAGAGAGAAGGUAUUAGAUCGUGUACCGGGUAACUACGGAAUGGAAGGUGUAGCUGAUGGGAUGGUGACCACGUGGCGAUUAUACGGAGAAACAAAAGCCGUUAUAGUAUUUGUUGUACGACCGGAAGAGAGCAACAAAUUUGAUCAGAGAUGGAUGGAGUAUGGUAUCAAUGACCUGGAUGAUCGGGUGAAGGUCAUUAGAAGGACACUACCAGAGAUAGGCGAACGAGCCGAACUACGGGGAGACGAAAGAAGAUUAUUCAUAGAUGGUAUGGAAGUUGCGAUACUCUAUUUUCGAACAGGAUAUUCACCGAUAGACUAUCCGACAGAACUGGAGUGGAAUGCCAGGUUACUUGGUGAAAAGUCGAGGGCAGCCGUGUGUCCCUCUGUGGCUAUGCAGUUGGCUGGGACCAAAAAGAUUCAACAAGUUCUUUACGACCCUGGAUCUAUCGAACUCUUCGUCAAAGGAAAACAGAGAGUCGAUGAUGUGCGAAGCAUAUUUACAGGACACUAUACUCUAGAUCUUACACCUGCUGGUGAUGAAGCAGCUGAGAGAGCGAUUGCAAACCCGAUGAAAUACGUCAUGAAACCACAGAGAGAAGGAGGAGGUAAUAAUUUGUUCGGGGAAAAGAUGAAGGAAGCGCUGGAGAAGCUUCGUGGAUCCCCGGAGAGGGCGGCAUACAUGCUAAUGGACAGGUUCAACUCUCCGGUCAAUCAUAACUAUUGCAUGAAGUGCGGAAGCUCGGAUCUAGAACUCAUGACUGUGGCCAGCGAGUUUGGUCCUUUCGGAACUUUAGUAAGUUACAACAAUGAAGUGGUGUUCAACAAGACAACCGGAUACCUGUACCGUACUAAAGACAUUAAACUCGAUGAGGGAGGGUUGAUGGUCGGGACAGGGUUCCUAGACACACCCUAUCUAUCAUCUGCAGAGGUCAUCUGUCCUUCAGCAACCCAGAAUGGAUUUGGUGAACAUUAAACUCACAAACUUCAACCUUGAAGAUUAAAUUCUUGGAGGGUACAACUCCCACUCGUCUACUAUAGUAAUCUACUAAUUUUCCAAAUUAAUAUUAAGUAUUUAGCUGUCCUUAUAGAGAGAUGUUGAGUCCGGCUCUUAGAUUAUCGUAUGAUUUCACAGGCUUCUUCCUCCCUUCCAGGUAUCUUGCCAUCUAAGUUUUCUCGAGAAGAAAUUCCCAAUAUAUAUACAUAUAUAUAUAUAUAUAUAUACAGUAUAUAUGUAUAAAAUUAAACAGAAUAUAUAUUGUAUAUUUUUAUUUGUCAGUUGUUGCGCCACCGGAGCGAUUUGGCAUAGCUUGAACGCAGCUUGUUGGGACAAUGAAAGGACUCUGCACUAAUCGUAAGGUGUUCAUACGAUUAGUGCAGACCUUCCUUGGGGCAUGAAGAGAUUGUAAUUCUACAGCACCGAGCUCCAUUUAUAGAUCUUGGCACAAAAACGUAUGGUAUCGUGUAAUCUAUUCGCAGAGGCUGAGAGAAUCGACAUUAUGUACGAUGUAUUUACGAUCUCCACGCAGCCUUUGUAGGCUAUGCCCGCAUGCAAGACAUCUUUUGAUGCUCAUAAUACGAUGUAGACCAUCGUCAUGUACAAUACCAUUCUCCGAUAUGCAUUUCAGGAAAAUAGAUAGACUUAUAUUUAGAAUAAUUCAGAGAAAAAAAUCAUUGCAUCGUAUGUCAGGGCUAUUAUAAUAAAAAAAACGUUGUGGUGCUACAAACACAGUAAAUGCCUUCAGCGCGUAUUAAGUCGUCUUUUUUUUCAAAUCUCCCCUGAAAAAAAAUAGAGAGCUUACACUGGAACUGCAUUGUCCCUUACGGAAUAUCCCUAAUUCUGACGCCGCCGCGGCGAAGAUGUAGGAAAAAUAAUUUAGUUCUCAGGCUGAAGAAAAUGAUUGCAUAAUUUUGUAUAGAUCGGUUUGGUUUUGAAAGAAGACGACAACAUUAUACAUGUAAAUUUAUAGGAAAAUAAAACGUGUUACAGAAGAAUAUUACGGCCAUCGAUUAUUGCCAUCUAUAUACGCAAACAAGAAAAAAAAGUAUAUAUAUACCCCUAUACUCGUCAUAUUUUAAUACUAAAUUAAUGUUAUACACCUCUUUUUGAAAUUUAAUACUAAUAUCUAACAGCAUACUCACCAGUGCAAUAAUAUAAGUGAGUUUUAAGAACAUUAUAUUGUCGGCGCGCGGUUGUUAUAUUUUAUUCAAAAAUACGUUUUAUAUGAUAAGAAUUUCAAUUAUUUUAAUCAUGGUAACUUUGAUCUAUCUCAGGCUAUGAAUAUUAUGUCGUGUAACGAAUAGUAAAAAAGAGGCAAUUAGGCAGAUAGAUAUGAAUGAGUAUAUAUUUUUUCUUUACUUCAAGUUAAUUAGUCUGAAGCGUAAAAUUAUGUUGGAAGACGAAUAACAUUUGUGAGAAAUAAGUACAGCUUUAUGUCCAGAAAGUAAGCCUCUAAAUUUUGUGAAAUAUCCGAAUUCUUUGUUUUUUUUUAUUUUUCAUAAUAUAGAUUAUGAUUGAUGAGAGAGAAAAAAUUCAAUGUACAACUUUUCGUGUUGUAAAUGUUAUCACAUUGUUAUUUCUUCGAAGUUACGUGUUUCUUAUAUGCUUUUUGUAACUGCAGAGUAAGUUUACAUGAUAUGCUAUUGUUAAUCUACAUUUAAUGUUUAAGACUGUUAUUUUCGAUUAAAACAUGAAUCUGUUAUACGUUAAGUAGAAAUAUCAAAUAGAAGGCACUUAGGUCCGUAUUCUGAUCUUAUAGGGUUAAUUUAAAAUCUGGUCGCAAACAUGAAAUAUUAAAUUUGACAGCAAAUUUUGGCGGUCACUUCGGGGGUGAUGAAAAGAAUAGAUUUAUUCUCAAUUAAAGCUCUGAAAAAAAAUAGAUAUAACAAGUGCUAUACCAUGGUCUUAGUUAAUCUGGACUUCAGAAUACGGGCCUUGAUAUGAAGUUUUAUUUCAUGUUGUAUGAACAGAAUACUGUACAUUUUAAAUAGAUUUGUUCAUCUACUUCAUCAGGGACUAUUGAUUGAAUUAUGCGGCAUGUCAUGAAAUUAAUAUUGCACAGACAGUACUAUUUAUGAGCCCCAAACAUCAGCAGGAGUCUGUAGUGUGGGAUGGCUAUAAUAGGGGUCGAAUAGCCGAGAAUAAUGUGCCUAUCAGGAAUGCAUAAUAGCCUGGAGGACACCGCAUAUCUUAUACCACUGGUCCACGAUCCGAUUUGGGAACCAAUCGCAUUUUGCUCAUUUUCUGAAAAUGUGAUUGAAAAGGAUCUUUCAUUUGUGGUCGUAAUUAACUGAAACAAUACUUAUAUAACAAUUUUUGAUAAUUGCAAGCCUUUAUAUUGGAGUCAAGGCCAAAUUAGUAUCAAAUUGUAGCCAGUCGUACGAUUGCUAUGACGUCAUUACGACUAGAUAUUAAAAUUUGCUUUUUUAUGUAUUCGUAAGAUGAUUUAGAACAUUACACAGUAAGAUAUUCCAUGUCUAAAUAUCAGCCUCCAGUUAUACUACGUUUAAAUAUUCCAAUAUCGGGUCGCAGACCAAUCGUAAGGUGUGUGGUAACCAUAGAGAUAUGGCGGCAACCUUAAUAUUACUAUUGACGUAUAAUGCUGAAGUACUAUUAUGUUUUUUGCUACUUGUGUGUGUGCGCGCGCGCAUGGUGUGUGAUUCCCUGCGAGUCUAUGUGAGGAAAUAUCGGUCCCUAAAGGCAUAUUUGUAUUUGCAAUACGAUAUCAGUAGGCCUAAAUAUUUCAUUGAAGAUAUAUUAUGUUCCACAUAAUACAUGUAGUAUGAUUGGCUAAACGUAAAUCACGUGGUUAGGCCUAAUUGAAGUUUUGCGAGUCGCUGAAUUAGGAAGUAGGAGUCAAGUCACAGUCAUCAAAUUUGGUCAUUUCGUUUAUGAGUAACGAAUACUUACGAAGAAAAUAUCUUUGAAAGUCAAUUAUCUAAUUUCAGAAAAAUGACAAUAUUUUGCCUUAUGUAUUGGAAAUGUUUUUAUACAAACUUUGUCCGAAAGAGAUACUUUUCAGCUGUGCCUUUGAAACACAAAAUUUGAUGUAUUUUUGUUUCCGAUACGAGCAACUUUCAUGCUGUUUUUUGUUUUUUUAAACUCAUUUAAUGUAUCUUUGCUCUGAGUUGUAGGUUAGUGUCAUAUACCUAUCUAAAUGUGGUAUCACCUGAAUUGUAUAUAGCUUAAAAUAUUGUAGAAAUUAAAUUACUUUAUCAAUUUCUUCAUUCAUUAUAUAAGCACUAUGUGCUUGAAAAUAUGCAAAAUAUUAAAUGUAUAUUUUUGUGGUA